UUAAAUGUAAGUAACUGUUUAAUAUAUCAUCACUGUAGCUAUCUUUAAGUUACAAUUUAGUUCGUUUUAAAUUUGAAUUGCUAUGGAACCCGUCUUUUUAAACGUUUAUGAUAUAGUAUUUACUGCAAGUAGUGUAACAUCUAAUCUAGGAUUAGGUGUUUAUCAUUCAGGAGUUGCAGUUUAUAACACCGAAUACACAUUUUUUGGGCAUGAAGAUAACACAACAGGGGUUUUUGAAAUGUCGCCAAAUGAUGAUACACAAUUAGGGCACCAAUUUAAAUUUCGAGAAAGUAUUCUUCUUGGAUAUACAGCACUUUCAAGAAAUCAAAUUGAAGAUGUUUUGCGUAAAUUGGAAUUGGAUUUUCCUGGAAAUAGUUAUCAUUUAACAAACAGAAAUUGCAAUCAUUUCUCAAAUGAAUUUUCAAAUAUUAUUUGUAAAGAAAAUAUUCCAUUAUGGGUGAAUCGUUCAGCAUACUUUGGAAGUUGGAUUUAUUGGGGAAUUAAACCAUUUAAAUCAAUUUUUCAAUCAUGCCAAUCAAAUCCACCAAGUUUAACUCAUUAAUAUAAACGUUUCUCUUUAAAGGGAUAUUUAUAUUUGAUGAUGUGUUCAAUAAGAAAUUACUUUGUUAUAGUAAAAUCUCGAUAUAACGGAUUAAUACCUGGAAGGGAGCGUCAGUUAUAGCCAAAAGUCUUCUACUACCUUUAGUGUUAGUUCUGGUUUUAGUUUAAUGAAAAUUAUACAACAAUCUAACGCUGAAUAACAACUAAAACAAUAAAAUAACACUAACAUUAGAACUAGUUCUAGUGUUAGUUCUACAUUUAGUUCAAUAACAAUAUAUAACAAUCUAGCCCUAAAUAACAAAUAAAACGAGAAUUAACACUAAAGUUAGUUCUAAAACUGAAUACGCACGGCUAAACCCGAAACUUUCUAAUUCUAGGUCUAGUGUUACCUAGUUCUAGUUUUAGUUCAAUAAGAAUAUACAAUAUCGAGGUUUUACUAUACUUCUAUAGAUUAUAAGACUCUUCUCGUUUUGGAAUAGAUCUUAUUAUCCCCAUUUCUGAAAUUCGGAAAGAUGGUGUAUUUUUCUCGUGGAAUUUUAGGAUAAAUUGUACAUAAAAGAAGUCGAACAUCCAACAUUUAUAAUUGUAUUUAUAUUUUUUAUUAAAGUUAAUUAAUCCACUUAA